AUAUGCACCAACAAAACGUUCACUCAUCAAUUUUCUUUCAAUUCCCUCUCUACAACUUCAAGCACUCUUUUCAUUCCAACAUUUUAUGUGGUAAUUCCAAUAUAUUUUGAUAUAUACAUAAAAGAUGGCGGGCGGUGGUGGAGGAAAAUCGCUGGAGGAAACGCCGACUUGGGCGGUCGCAGUGGUGUGUUUUGUUUUGGUUGCGAUUUCGAUUGUGAUUGAGUAUAUCAUCCAUCUCGUAGGAAAGUGGUUGAAGUCCAGACAUAAAAGAGCGCUGUAUGAAGCUCUUGAGAAGAUCAAAUCAGAGCUUAUGCUGCUGGGAUUUAUAUCGUUGCUGCUGACAGUAUUGCAAGAGCCAAUUUCCAACAUUUGCAUCCCCGCAAGUGUCGGAGACUCGUGGCAUCCAUGCAAGAAGAAGGGAGAAGCUGAAAAGUUGGAACCGUCGUCGUCUGAACACUGGGAAUUGUCGUCCGAGGAAAACAGCCGCCGGAGACUUCUCGCCGCCCCAGGAGGAGUGCGGCGUGUUCUGGCGGCUGCUGGUGGUGACAAAUGCGCUGCCAAGGGAAAAGUGCCUCUCAUCUCCGCCGAUGGUAUUCAUCAAUUGCACAUUUUCAUCUUCGUUUUGGCUGUUUUUCACGUUUUCUAUUGCAUUACCACUUUGGCCUUAGGGAGUGCCAAGAUGAGAAGGUGGAAAGCCUGGGAAGAGGAAACAAAAACAAUCGAAUACCAAUUCGCUCAUGAUCCAGAAAGAUUCCGAUUUGCUAGAGAAACAUCAUUUGGAAGAAGGCAUUUGAGUUUUUGGACAAAGACGCCCAUUCUUCUUUGGAUCGCAUGUUUCUUCAGGCAAUUUAUACGCUCCGUUCCGAAAGUUGAUUACUUAACACUCAGACAUGGAUUUAUCAUGGCUCAUUUGGCACCUCAAAGCCAGACCAAAUUCGAUUUCCAGAAGUAUAUCAAACGAUCACUUGAAGAAGAUUUUAAGGUGGUUGUAGGAAUCAGCCCAAUAAUUUGGCUGUUUGCUGUUGUGUUCCUUCUUUUCAAUACUCAUGGCUGGUAUUCUUAUCUAUGGAUGCCAUUCAUUCCCUUGAUUAUCAUCUUGUUGGUUGGCACUAAGUUGCAAGUGAUCAUCACGAAAAUGGGGCUAAGGAUUCAAGAAAGGGGCGAAGUUGUAAAGGGCGUGCCUGUGGUUGAGCCUGGCGAUGACCUUUUCUGGUUCAAUCGUCCUCGUCUCAUGCUUUUCCUCAUUAAUUUUGUUCUUUUUCAGAAUGCGUUUCAACUCGCCUUAUUUGCUUGGGCUUGGUAUGAAUUUGGAAUAAGAUCGUGUUUCCACAAGCGUAAAGAGGAUAUCGCUAUCAGAAUCUCAAUGGGGGCUCUUAUACAGAUUCUUUGCAGCUAUGUUACCCUCCCUCUAUAUGCCCUUGUGACACAGAUGGGUUCAAACAUGAAACCCACAAUUUUCAACGAGAGGGUAGCAACGGCGUUGAAGAAGUGGCAUCACACGGCGAAGAAACACGUGAAGGAGAGCAGGCACAACAGCGCCGCCGUGACGCCGGUGUCGAGCCGGCCGGGAACGCCGUCUCACGGCAUGUCUCCGGUGCACCUCCUGCGGGGCUACUACCGGAGCGACCAGGCGGACAGCGCUCAAUCGACGCCGCGAAGAUAUAACUCCGAGUUUGAACAACACUGGGACGCCGCCGCCGACGACCAUGGCUCGCCUUCUCCCACGCGCUUCCACAACCAGGGCGGCGGCGGCGGCGACGAUGGAUCGUCUUCUUCCUCGUACAUGCACCAGAUCCAACUAGGUCACAUACGACAAGAUGUACGGUCGGUCCAUGAUCCUAGGUCGUUGCAGAUGGUUCCUGUGCCGCCGCAACAUGAGAUCAAUAUUGAACAUAGCGAUUUUUCGUUCGAUAAGAUGGUGAAUUAAACUCACAUUUGCCAACACCUUAAUGUAAAUGUUACUGUUAAUUUACUGCAAUUAAAAUUUAUUUAUUU